AUGCCGAAAGUUCGCCGUAGUCGCAAAGCACCACCAGAAGGAUGGGAACUCAUUGAACCUACUCUUGAAGAGUUAGAACAAAAAAUGCGAGAAGCCGAGACAGAACCACAUGAAGGCAAAAGAAAACAAGAAUCUCUGUGGCCCAUAUUUAAAAUCCAUCACCAGAAAUCCAGAUAUAUCUAUGACCUGUUUUAUAGAAGGAAAGCUAUUAGUAGAGAACUUUAUCAGUACUGUCUUGAUGAGAAAAUAGCCGAUGCCAACUUGAUUGCUAAAUGGAAGAAGAUUGGGUAUGAAAAUCUAUGUUGUUUGAGAUGUAUACAAACAAGGGACACAAAUUUUGCAACCAACUGUAUCUGCAGAGUACCUAAAAGCAAGUUAGAAGAGGGUAGAAUAGUAGAAUGUGUCCACUGUGGCUGUAGAGGAUGUUCGGGAUAA